CGGUCUCGCGCAGGCGCGCUAGCUGUAGAGGUCACCGCACCGAGCCGCGUGCGGGAGUCGCCAUGUCUUGGAUCUUUGGUUUGAACAAGGGGAGCCAGCAGCCCGGCUCCGGUGACACGGGAUCCCCAGUACCGCCCGUGCCCCCAGCCUUACCCCCUGCCGGAACCGGAGGGGGUAGCGAUGGCUCUGACCGCGACCGGCAUAAAGACAAAUGGACCAACUUCGACCCGACCGGCCUGGAACGCGCGGCCAAGGCGGCCCGGGACCUGGACUCAUCCCGUCACGCCAAGGAUGCCCUGGAUCUCUCUCGUCUACAGGAGCAAACCCUCCAAAUGGAGCAUCAAAGCCGCAUCAAGGAAUAUGAAGCUGCUGUGGAACAACUGAAAAGUGAUCAAAUCAAAGUUCAGGGAGAAGAGAAGCGGAAAACACUGGCUGAAGAAACAAGGCAACACCAGGCUCGAGCUCAGUAUCAGGACAAACUAGCAAGACAGCGAUAUGAUGACCAACUCCGCCAGCAGCAAUUAUUGAAUGAGGAGAAUUUGAGGAAACAGGAGGAAUCUGUUCAGAAACAGGAAUCUAUGCGAAGAGCCACUAUUGAACACGAGAUGGAGCUCCGACACAAGAAUGAGAUGCUUCGAAUUGAGGCUGAAGCUAAAGCCCGUGCGAAGGUUGAGCGAGAGAAUGCUGAUCUGAUCAGAGAACAGAUCCGUUUGAAAGCUGCAGAGCAUCGUCAGACUGUCCUUGAUUCCAUUAAGACAGCUGGUGCAGUGUUUGGAGAAGGAUUCCGUGCAUUUGUUUCCGACUGGGACAAAGUGACAGCUACAGUGGCUGGGCUCACACUACUGGCUGUUGGUGUUUACUCUGCCAAGAAUGCUACAGGAGUCGCUGGGAGAUACAUUGAGGCCCGACUGGGAAAACCAUCCCUGGUUCGCGACACCUCCCGUAUCACGUUAGUGGAAGCAUUGAAGCGCCCGAUCAAAGUUGGUAAGCGUUUGAUGAGCAAGCCACAAGAUGCACUGGAGGGAGUGGUGUUGAGUCCCAAAUUGGAGGAACGUGUCAGAGAUAUUGCCAUUGCAACCCGAAACACCAAAAGCAACAAAGGACUAUACCGAAAUAUCCUAAUGUAUGGGCCCCCGGGAACAGGGAAAACCCUCUUUGCUAAGAAACUAGCUGCACAUUCCGGCAUGGAUUAUGCUAUUAUGACGGGUGGUGAUGUCGCUCCUAUGGGUCGUGAGGGUGUCACGGCCAUGCACAAAGUUUUUGAUUGGGCAGCUACCAGCAGAAGAGGGCUUUUGCUGUUUGUGGAUGAGGCGGAUGCGUUCCUUCGAAAGAGAGCAACAGAAAAAAUUAGUGAAGACCUGAGAGCGACAUUGAAUGCAUUCCUGUACCGGACAGGGGAGCAGAGUAACAAGUUUAUGCUGGUGUUGGCUAGCAAUCAACCAGAGCAGUUUGACUGGGCCAUCAAUGAUCGUAUUGAUGAAAUUGUUAACUUCGAUCUACCAGGACUAGAAGAGAGGGAGCGAUUGGUCAGGCUAUAUUUUGACAAAUAUGUCCUGAAACCAGCCACAGAGGGAAAACAGCGCCUGAAAGUGGCACAGUUUGACUAUGGCAAGAAAUGCUCGGAGCUUGCUAGAAUUACUGAAGGGAUGUCGGGCAGAGAGAUUUCCAAACUUGGAGUAGCCUGGCAGGCUGCAGCAUAUGCCUCUGAAGAUGGUGUUCUGACUGAGGUAAUGAUCGAUUCCAGGGUGACCGAUGCAAUUCGGCAACACAAGCAGAAAAUGGAAUGGCUGAAGAAUGAGGGCAGGGAGAAAACUAAAGAUGUAGAGCAUCUUGUGCCACCCUUUCCAGAGGGCACACUGGUCUAAGUGUCAAACAGAACGACUGUACCUUGCAGCUGAGCCAAGAACCCUGGAAAUGAACUGAACUACAUCAACGUAAAAACAUGCUUGAAUAAGCACUCUGCACUCUUAAGGGGUAUUCAUCAAUGACUGUCCAAUGAUAUGAAAAGCUUUGCACGAGUUCAACCCAGACAGCAGUCAGUUGAUGCCCUGUUGGACCUCCAGCUUGCCCUCAGCAGAUUGUCUGUACGUUUUGAAACCAGUCAAAAGUAGCUCGUUAGAGAGAGGAGAUGUGAAAUGGCAUUUCUGUCAGUCUCCGUCUGUCACACCAGCUGUAGCAUCUGUGUGUCCUGUCAUUCACUGGGUAUUCAUUGUUUAGUCUGACCUGGGAGGAGCAUGUGAUGGAGAACUCUGUGUAGUUAAGUAUCAAUGUGGAGGAGCUGUUUUGCGUUGAUGUGUGUUUUGGUUCUGGAUUCCUCUCAGCACUGGCCAUGAUUUAUAAUCUAAUUGGAUUCAUCAUGUUCGAGACCGAAUCCCUUAUUGUCCACCUACCUCAAAUGUACUUCUGGAAAUGAACAUUUUCACUCAUCUUUCAAUAGCGAUUCCUACAGAUUCACAGCCAGGUACAAUUGUGAUGUGAGUAAUUAUUGGAUCACAGCGCAGAGGGUUACUGAGCUGAAUUUUACUGUGAGAAAUUAAAACUGCCAUAUUAGAGUCACUGAACUUUUUCAAAUAAAGAAUGAGGGCUAACUAGAAACUCCUUCUCCAUUGUUAUAAUUCCAUACAGUUGUAGCAUGUUACUGUCAUCUGUAUAGAAUUAAAUUAGCCUGAUGGCUGAGCCCUUUCUAGCUGUCCUAUUCAUCUCCUCACCAAUGACCCCGCUAAAUACCUGAUUAUGGAAUUCCUGUACGUGGGAUUAGUGGAGAGGUGGCCUUCUUACUUAGCUGACUGCACAAACACCAGAGCUAGAAUCUGAGAUUUUUGAUAUUAAAACUUGAAUAAAUGAAACACUAAUGUAUCCAAUUUCUACGAUAAAUCAUUUUAAAAACAUUUAUUUUGCAGAAAUUUAUUUCUCGAACUGUUGCUUUCCUUCAAAGUAAAAAUUAGAGUCAAGCCUCAAAGUUAAAAUAUUCUGUGGCCUCGUGCUGACCCAAAAGCAGUACUGAUUGCAUUGGCUUAGAUCUAAUUUUCAAUUAUUUUUACAUGAAGAAGCAUGGCCCUUAACAACAAGAGGUUUCCUUAGUUAUUCCUAUACCUGUCCCUUGCCCAAAAAUUCUCAUCCACCCUCUUUCAUGUGUCUCUAAACUUGAUCGAUUUCAUACAAGGUAUUGAAUAUGGCACAGAGACCUUAUUAGUCCCCUUCAGGCAGAGAAACCUUUUGUGUUUGCUAAUACUGGUGCCCAAGUUGAAUGAAGAAAGCCAUAUCUUAGCCUCCCUUACAAAGUGAACUUGUACUUUGCCAAACCUAAAAGGAAAGUAGGCAUUUUUAAGAGCUGUUAAGGGUGGCCUUUUGGCCUUGCCAACAAGGAACAAUGAAACAUUUUGAGUCAGCUAUUGCAGUAAUUGAUCUCCAACUUUACACUAGUGCUACCCACAUGAGAGUAAGGAAAGCAUAAAAGGAGAGAACAUCAAAGCAUUCCUUCCAGACACUUAAAAAAAAUGCCUUGUAUGUGCCAAACUAUUGACAUAAAGGAAGAGUAUUAACUUCAAAUUAGAGAACUCUGUCCUCAUGGGCCAAUAGUUAUAACCCAUGGCCAGAGUUGGAUUUAUCUGGAGCAGGUGGGUAGGAGUGUGAAAAAGGCAGUGGUUUCCAUACUUCCACCCUCUGUCUCUUUUGGCUUUCAGUGAUGACCACUGCAUUAUAUUUGUGCAUGUUGAGCUGUAGGCCAAAAACCUGCUUUGGAAUUUGGCUUGUUAAUUAUUCAAUAUUGUUCAUGAUCAUGGUUCCCCUUAAAAGUCUGAACCCUAUACAGAUGUAUGGUCCAAAUGGGGAUUAGCUGCUUGGAGUUUCUAUUACUGCCAAGAAAAAUCAAAUCCCGUUUUAGCCAUCUUGUAAAUUACCUUCAUCUGGCUCUCUCCCCAGAGUAGCAGUGGAAGAAGAGUUGCUUUUGAAGACUGUGUGUGAACUUCAUUGAAGUAACAAAAUGAAAGUAGCAAGAAUACCUUAACAUUGUUUGGGCAAGGAGGCCAAGUAGGGUUUCUGGUCUGUUGUAUGUACGUCAAGUAAAACAUGAUUUUUUGAAAUAAUUCUAGUGACUUUACAGUCUGGAAAGCUUGCAUUUCCUCUUGUACAUUGAUUAUAAAGUGAACAAUAUUAUUUAAAACCUACCAUACAAUUAUAUUCCAAAAAUGGAAUGAUUUUAAUUUGAUAAAUCCUUUUUUAUUGGAUUAAAUAUGUAAAUCCUGCUUUAUGUAAUAAAUCAAAAGAUAAGCUCUUCGAAUCAGCCACAUAGCAAAUGGUUUACUUUUGUGAGAAAAGAUGAGUUAGUUCUCACUGACAAGAUUCUUGUUUCCAUUCAUAAUGUUAUUAGGGAUGGGAUCUUUCUGAACGUUGUAUCCAACCCUCUACAUUCAUUCUGUUGGAUGGGGCAUCUGCUGGUGGGUUAUGUUAGUUUCCUCAGCAAGUAUUUGCCUAGAUCAGAUUUUAAUGGCUAAUUUCAUACAGUAGUAUGAAAACCUAGAGUAUCCAAUCCCUUAUGGCCCAGUUUCUAUACUGCGUAAAUAUGUUAUAGUUACAACAUGGUUAUGUUGAAGUAGCCCUUCCCCCAAGGGAAUCUAAGGCUGUUGGUACUUCACUCAGCUGCAGUCUCCAGUCAGUUCAUGCCAAGUAAUGUAUCAACAGCCAUGAGCAGCUUAUGUUUGGUGUCAUAAACCCAGCAAUGACACCAUGGCUUAGCGUACCUAUCUUUUUUUUUCUAACAACAAAAUGCCUGCCAUGGAACCUACAAUAUACAAUGAAGCUUUGUUCAGUUUCUCUAACUCAAAAAUGUCUGUGGAAUAACUAAAGCUGCUUUGAUUCUGGGAGAAAGUGAUAUUGCCAUUGGAGAUAAUAUAAACCUCGAAAGCAAUAUUCGCAUGAAAGUAUCAUUCCCAAACAUCCACCUGUGGACUGAAGGAAAGUGACACGGACUCAUACUUGAAAUUUCUCAGUAACCUGAGCCUAAGGGCCAAUGGAUAAAUGAAGGUUUAGCAAGUUGACUCUGAAUUAGUCAUUUUCCAUUCUUUAGGUGGGUAGAAAAUGUCCAGCUAAAAAUGGACAAAUGUGAUGUGCUGUGCCAGGGGAGCCACUGCCUGAAGGUGCCCACUGUCUGAAUUUGCUGAAAGCAUUGCCAUUCAACCCUGGAAUUAACAGCAGUCUGCAUUUACAGUUUCUAAAUUUGGAAGGGUGAAGGUUCCAAGUUUUAAAACAAAAUUAUGGAGGUGAGUAGUUAUUACACAUGACAUGGUCUUCAAGAAAAUGGAGAAAGGAAGAUGGAUGGAGUUGCAAAGAGUGAGACAGGAGGUUGGAUGCUCUGUUAACAGUAGUAAUAUUAAGGGAGGAUAGAAAUCACUGGAUUUGAGGAGAUUGUAGGAAGAAGGUGCUCUGAAGCUGUCGAGCUUCAGGUAGAACUUAGAAUUCUAAAUGCAUUGGGGUGGAGCCAAUGCAAAGAUUAUAAGCAUUUUUAAUUGAAUCUGAUAUGGAUGCUAAAGCUUGACAUCAGAGGGGUGUCAGGAGCAGCAGGAAAAAUGGCAGCAGACAGCUGCACACCAUCUCAAUCUUGGAUAGGAAGAAGUUUAUCAAAUCUGGAGGAGAGGAGUGUGCUGAGGACAGAUCUGGAAAUGGUUUAUUGUGGAAUAAAACAGUUGUGGAUUAUUUAUGCCUUCUAGGAUUUCCUGUAAGAAUAGAAUUUGUAUCAGAAACAGUGGCCAUAAGGACUAGUCAAUAUACUUGACUAGAAGCAUUUGAUUGUGGGAGAUAACUUUCUCAGGAAAAUUGCAAAUGCUGUCGUGAUGAAUAAGGGAGAGUGGGAAUUUUGUGUAAUAUAAUCAAGUUCAGGAAAAAAAAGGAAUUAGGAGAUCAGCUGGAAUUAGUUAAAUUGAGAUUGUGAGGCAAGAUACUAUAUUACUAAAAAUGCAACUGUUUAAACAAUGUCUGUCAUAAGGAUCUCUUGAAACAUCAACAUCACUGUGGUGGUAUUUUAAUGUGUCCCUGUGAUUGGCAGAAACCUACAGAGAAGAUUAUGUUCUUGGCAAUGAAGCUACCGAUCAAUCAACAAAGCUAAUCAACAGCCUCUCAAGAGCAUUUGGUUUUAAGUCCAAGCCACUGAUUAUAAAUCAGAAAGUCUAUUAUUAAAUAUGAUUUUGUUGAUUAUAAUGUGGAUGCUACUUUGUGCACAGCUUCAAAAGCAGUUUGAUUCAUAGCAAUUAACAACUUAAUGUAAAGUUAUA